AUGACAACAACUGCUGCUGCUGCAUCCAACUUGAAUGAUACCCUGCUUUACAACAAUGUCAAUCUGCAUCGCUCAGUGGCAAGUGGACAAUUGACACUGGUCCAGCGACUGAUAGCAGAUGGCUGCGACCCGAAUCUGCCACAUGUAACCACCGGUCUUCGGCCAAUUCAUUUCGCUGCAUCAAGAGGACAUGUUGAUCUAGUGAAAUACCUAGUGGAGACCAGUCAAUGUCAAGUAGAUGCUACAGAUAAAGAAGGAGAGACUGCGCUUUUAAAAGCAGCCUAUGCAGGCCAUUUGUCCGUUGUCAUGUAUCUAGUCAAAAAGGCAAAUGCCAAUUACUUGCACCAGGAUCGAGAUGGCUGGACUGCUUUGCACAAUGCUUGCUCAUUUGGCAGUGUCCCUAUGACUGAAUUCCUGCUGAAUCAACCACUUAUCAAUGUCAAUGUGGCGAGCAAGAAAGGACAUACACCGUUGAUGAAUGCUGCGUCCAAGGGACAUGUUGAUAUUGUCAUUCGAUUGCUACAAGGAAGCCAUGCCAAUCCAAUGCUGAAAAACAAGUUUGGUGAAACUGCCUAUGAUGUAGCUGCAGCAGCAGGAGAAGCUUAUCUCUGUCAGGUGCUUGAAAAGUACGAAAUGCAGUAUGGAUUGAUCAACACACCACUCGAUUUUCAUGUGACGAUACCAGUGCUAUUAUUGGAAGUAGUAGCCGACAAUUCAUCCUACAUCAGCCUGUUUGGUAAACCAAUAACCAAAUGGUAUCAUCAUGACCAAGUCAUACAGAACAAAUCCAAAGUGGCAUUACCAAAUACUUCGUGGUUCUGGUUAUCAGAUUGGACGAUUGACUACACAUUUCCAGAUCUCAGCUAUGAUGGCUGGUCUUCUGAGGAGACUGAUUCGUCUGGCUGGAUCAAGAAACGGCGAUGGGUAAGAAUUAUGAAGAAAGCCAUUGAGAUAUCGACAGAGGAGGAGGAGAAUGACCUGCAUGAUCAAAGCAUGAGCAAUGCCAACAGUGAUAGCAGUAGUGACAGUGACGAUAACCAUAGCUUAGAUUUAUCUCAGCAUUCCACAAGCACCACAUUCGAGAGUAAGACCUGUACAUCAGUAAGCACAACAAUGACAAAAGCACAGUCGAUAUUCAUUGGAUGCUCUACGUUACCACAACCAUUGUUGCAAGAGCAAAUGUCUGCAGACAAUAUACACCAAAUCAUACCAGUUGACCAAGUCGAGGAGCAGCAGCAAGACAACACGCUGUUAUCUUGGGAAAGCAAUGAUCAAGCACUUGAUUGCAGACGAUGCCAUCGAUGGUUCAACUUUAUUACAAGACGACACCACUGCAGAAAAUGUGGGCAAGUUAUUUGUGAUCGCUGCUCUGCUAAUAGAGCCUUCCUACCCAGUAAUCAAAUCAUUCAACCUCCUCAUGCCACCCAUUUGGAUCAAGAACACUGUUCACAACAGCCCCAGCGUAUUUGCGAUACAUGUGUCGAUAUAGUCGUGUGCGAAAUCAGUAGAAACACCAAGAGAAGAGCUAGCAGUAUCAUGUCAGAAUGUCCAGUUUGCUCUAGACGGUUGGGUGAAAUGCAUACAGAAGAGCAAGAGGAACAUGUGCAAGCCUGCUUAUCAAAAGAUGCAUCAAAAAUCAAUGCAGGUGGAAUACGAUAUGUUGUUUACAAGUUGACUCCAAGUUCGACACUUAUAGGGCAAGAAUGUGUCAUUUGCUUUGAAGAGUUUGAAUCAGGUGAUACCAUUACUCGAUUGAAUUGUAUGUGCUCGUAUCAUGGCCAUUGCAUUGGUAGCUGGUUUGCAAAGGGAAAAGAGUGUCCCAUUCACUCGCAGUAG